GGCUCCGCCCGGCCCCUCCCAGCCUUUUAGGCGCCCGCGCGGCUGGGACAUCCCAGUCCCGCUUGGUCCUCCUCGCCUUCCACCCGUGCGCCCAGUCCGCGCAGCCAGCCCAGUUCGUCCAGUCCACACUGCCCGCCGGCCGGCCCGCCCCCCACCGCAGCCAUGGACGCGAUCAAGAAGAAGAUGCAGAUGCUAAAGCUGGACAAGGAGAAUGCCAUCGACCGUGCCGAGCAGGCCGAGGCCGACAAGAAGCAGGCUGAGGACCGCUGCAAGCAGCUGGAGGAGGAGCAGCAGGCCCUCCAGAAGAAGCUGAAGGGGACAGAGGAUGAGGUGGAAAAGUAUUCUGAGUCAGUGAAGGACGCCCAGGAGAAACUGGAACAGGCUGAGAAGAAGGCUACCGAUGCCGAGGCAGAUGUGGCCUCCCUGAACCGCCGCAUUCAGCUGGUAGAGGAGGAGCUGGACCGGGCGCAGGAGCGCCUGGCCACAGCCCUGCAGAAGCUGGAGGAGGCUGAGAAGGCAGCUGACGAGAGCGAGAGAGGAAUGAAGGUCAUCGAAAACCGAGCCAUGAAGGAUGAGGAGAAGAUGGAGCUACAGGAGAUGCAGCUGAAGGAGGCCAAGCACAUCGCUGAGGAUUCCGACCGCAAAUAUGAGGAGGUGGCCAGGAAGCUGGUGAUCCUGGAAGGAGAGCUGGAGCGCUCAGAAGAGAGAGCAGAGGUGGCUGAGAGCCGCGCCAGGCAGCUGGAGGAGGAACUCCGAACCAUGGACCAGGCCCUCAAGUCCCUGAUGGCCUCAGAAGAGGAGUAUUCCACCAAAGAAGAUAAAUAUGAAGAGGAAAUCAAACUGCUGGAGGAGAAGCUAAAAGAGGCUGAGACCCGAGCAGAGUUUGCCGAGAGGUCUGUGGCAAAAUUGGAGAAGACCAUCGAUGACCUGGAAGACGAAGUCUAUGCACAGAAGAUGAAGUACAAGGCCAUCAGCGAGGAACUGGACAACGCACUCAACGACAUCACCUCCCUCUGAGCCCCACGCCAGUGUGGCUCCUUCAGUCCCUUCUCUCUCCUCUUUCCGUUCUCAGUGGGGAGGGGGCAGGCAGGAGGAGCAAAAUGGUCAGCAUCACACAGCCAGGCUGGGCGCCGCCUCAAAGAGCCCCCACCACACCUGCCACCCACCUUGGCACUUGCUUUGUCCUUCUAUCCACCCACUCCACCCUCCAGCCUCUACCUCUUUCUGCUGCUUAAUAAACUCAACUUGGUCUCCA